AAUCCACUCAGCAAGCCGCAGAUCACCAGAGUAAGUUCCCCUGUUGGACUACCCUUUAAUUGUGGAUUACGUAAUACUCUGUUCCACCUAGCGCCGAUACGUUUCCAGGGAAAUCCCAUACAAAAAGCCGAGGGCUCAGAACAACAACAACAACAACAACAACAACACCUUCGCACAGAGCACAAGAGAGCUGUUCUACUGGUGAAAGGAGAGAGAAAACGAGGUGCAAUGGAGGAUCUGCUGGGAGAUGUCAACGAGUCCUCGAUCUUCAGCAUCGCGCCUGUGCAGUUCCAGACGGAGAUGACCAACAUUAGUUGUCUAAGCGUCGUUAAUGAUAUGAUGGCGAUUGCCUUCAAGAACGGUAAGCUGUUCAGGAUUGACCUGAACAAUCCCUCGGUGAUUGAGACCCUUGAGCUCCCGUACAAGAGAUCCUUACAGGAGCUGGGGAGGAUUGACAAGAUCUUCCAGGACAAAACCGGGUCUCAUUUGAUUGUCACCACGAGCCAGUUGGAGUCGUUUUACAUACACAAGAGCACGACGACUUUCAAGUACUUGCAAGAUCUGAAAGGACUAAAGGUGAACGUUGUGGCAUGGAAUGACUUUGCGGUUGAAGAGCAAAAUACGGGAGCGUUUCUCAUUGGUGAUAGAAACGGUGGUAUUCAUGAGGCGUUUCUGGAGUACUCUGAAGCUUCACAGAAGUACUCCAAGAAGAUUCAAAGAGAUGUGUACAAGAGAUCGUCAAGCAUUGAUGGCUUGCAAGUCACGUACGAUGAUGCUAACAAGGAAGUCACCAUUAUCCUUGCGUCUGGAGAUAACAUUGCAUACUGGCAUACUGCGUCCAUGAGACAGAAUGCCAAAUAUAACGAUUUGAUCUUAGGGGAAGUGUUCAAGUCGAAUCCUGUUGAAAUUGAGCAGUACCAGGACUUGGGAAAUAUUAACGGGUCAAAGUUCUAUGGCCAUGGGAACGAGUUCGCAUGGCUCACAGCUGCUGGUACUGUAUUUGGGUCCAUCACAAGGGACAAAAUUGCAACACAAAGGAAUAUUGGCGAUUUAAAGAUUCUUCUAACCAUGGAACUGCCAGCUUCUAAUCACAAGUUCAAGUCUGUGAUGAUGACCAAGUACCACCUACUGCUUCUAAGAGGCUCAGAGCUGUUCAUCAUCAAUAAGAUCAACGACGAGUUGGUCUAUCACCAGACCUUACCUGUUUCGGAGAAUGAAAGGUUUGUUGGUCUAUGUGCAGAUUAUACGAAAUCUACGUAUUGGCUGUACUCCAAUUGUAAUUUGUUUGAGAUAACGGUGGACCAGGAGGAAAAGCAUAUCUGGAGGUCAAUGUGUGAGAACAAUAUGUUUGAUGAGGCACUCGCAGUGACUUCUGAAGUAAAGAUAAGGGAUGCCAUAUAUGCACAGAAGGGAGAAUACUUGAUACAACAAGGUGAGUUUAUAGACGCAGCACGCUCAUUUGCACUCUCUAACAAAUGGUUUGAGACUGUUGCUCUGAAGUUUAUCAAUGCAAAGAGACAGGACGCUCUAUUGGAGUACUUUCUUCAAAAAUUUCACGUGUUGAAAUCGAAUAAGAAUUACGAUUUUGCCAUGCAACUUAUCAUGCUUUCAUCAUGGAUUGUCGAGUUCUAUGUCGAACAGUUGAAUGAAUUGGACGAUCUCUUAGCAACUGAACAGUCUAUACACCUCGAGCAGACAAUUAGCGAAAAGACCACUGUUGAGAAGAAGUUCCAAGAGUUUAUCAUCGACAACAAAGACCACCUGGAUAGGAAAACUAUUUACGAGAUUAUCACAGCACAUAACAGAAGAUCAGAGCUAUUGUACUAUGCAAACUUGAUCAACGACUACGACUUUGUGCUGGCAUAUUGGAUUAGAUUAGAGAGAUGGGAGGAGGCCUUGAACGUCCUCCUAAAAAAUAACGGCUCUGAGAUGGCAUACAAGUACUCUACAGUGCUAUUGGUUAACUCUCCUAAAGUCACUGUCGAUACCUGGUUGAAACUGUCAGAUCUGGAUGCCUCAAAGCUAUUACCAGCUAUCUUGACGUACAAUAAGAACGCAAGAAGGGUUCAAUCGGCCAGUCAUCAUGGAGUGCGGUACCUGUUGUCAUAUAUCCAUGAAACAAAAACCAGAGACCCUAACGUUCAUGAUACUUUGCUAUUCUUGCUCAUAUCAAACCAAUCGAGUGAUCAGGAGGAGUUCAUAUUACGAUACUUGGAGGAGUAUGGAUCACAGAUGAACUACAACCCCGACUUCAUACUGAGAUUAUGUUUGAAAUUUUACAAGAUCCAAUCCGCAACGUACGUUUAUUCCUUAUUGGACUGCUACGAGGAUGCCGUUGAUUUGGCAUUGAGUCACGAUAUGGUUGAAUUGGCCAUUGUCAUUGCGGAUAAGCCAGAUGAUGAGAAUUUGAGAAAGUUCCUGUGGAUGAAGAUUGCAAAGGCUAAAACGUCCAAAUUGAGACCAUCUGACCAGUCCCAGGUAAAGAUCUUUUACCUCUGAUACCUGACUUCACAUCGAUCGACGAUCUCAGAGAUGAGAUCUGCACUGACUUGGAGAACUUUGGCACACAAAUCACCAAGCUGUCCCACGAGAUGAACACGUCCCUACAGUUGAACGAUAAAAUUGCGCAACAGAUCGGCACAUACCAGGAGAAAUCCCAGAUCAUUCACGCCGGGGAACCGUGCUCCAUCUGUGAACUGCUUCUGACGUCCAGAAAGUUCUUUCUAUUCCCCUGUGGACACGCUUUCCAUUCAGACUGUCUCGUGAACGACAUCUUGAAGUCCAACGACUACGCUACGAAGAAGAGGCUGGAGUUCCUACAGAAAAAGU